GGGAGGUUGAUAGGGGGUGUAGAGGGUGCUGAAAUCGAGAAUUAACGGGCGCGUGGACCGUUACAUAACCCGUCACUGAAUUGUUCAGUCGCGAUAAUCCGUUUUUGCAAAUACGGACACCGUAAACGCAGCCUUCGCGAGAUAACUCGCGUACAUUUAUAUUUACACGCGAACUAAAAUAAUUUCAUCUUCCUUAUAGCGGUUUCCAGAGGGACAUCCAUCCACACUCCUCCGAAGACAUGGAGGCGCCGGGUUUGGCUCACGCGAGCCCGCUGAGCCCACGCGAGGGUAUGGUCAAGAACGUGAGCCUGGAGUCUCUCCAGCUGUGUGAGAGAGACGGCAAGGCAGAAGACAGUGGUGUGGUAGUAAUGGAGGAGUUACCUGUUCCUCGCAACAUAAAGAUUAGUAACAUCACCUGUGACUCUUUUAAAAUCUGCUGGGACAUGGACCCUCAUACCAAAGAGAAGAUCACACAUUACUUCAUCGAUCUUAACAAAAAGGAGAACAAGAACUCCAACAAAUUCAAACACAAGGAUGUGCCAACUAAGCUUGUUGCUAAGGCAGUCGCGUUGCCCAUGACAGUACGAGGGCAUUGGUUCCUGAGUCCACGAACAGAGUACUCCGUUGCUGUGCAAACUGCAUCCAAACAGACCGAUGGAGACUACUCUAUAUCAGAAUGGAGUGACAUUGUUGAGUUUUGUACAGCAGAUUACUCCUCUGUGCAUCUGACGCAGUUGCUUCAGAAAGCUGAGGUCAUCGCUGGCAGGAUGCUGACGUUCUCUGUGUUUUACAGGAAUCAGCAUGAGGAGUACUUCCAACACUGCAGAGAGGUGCUUGGUGGUCGAAUGAUGCCCUCAGUAAAGGAUAACAGUGGCAGUCAUGGUUCACCUCUCAGUGGUAAACUCGAAGGGAUUGUCUUCAGUUGUAACACCGAGUUCAACACUGGUCAGCCUCCACAUGAUUCCCCGUACGGACGCUUUCGCAUCCAGGUGCCUGCGGAGACUCUUUUCACCGCCGAUACACGCCUCUACUUUGGGGACUUUUACUGUAUGUACACUGCGUAUCAUUACGUCAUCCUGGUCCUUGCUCCCCGGGGCUCCCACGGAGACUUGUACUGCAGCGAACGCCUGCCGGAGCUUGACGUGACGAACAACCGCUUCCUGACACGCGUGUGUGGGGAGGACGGGCGUGUGGUAUUUCAGCACGCUCAGGAUGUGAUCCUGGAGUUGAUUUAUACCGAGCCGGUCCCACUGGAACUGGGGACCGUCUCUCACAUCAGCGGUCACCAGCUGAUGAGCUUGUCUACUCUCAAUGCCAAGAAAGACCCCAGCUGCAAGACCUGCAACAUUAGCGUUGGACGUUAGCCUUAACGCACACGCUACGCAACAGAAUCAGGCACAGAUAAAUGGCUCUGGAAUAACUAAACACAGCCAUGCGGAGCUAAAAAUCUUUGGUGGCCUCCCAAACAUAUGAUCGACUAAACUUAAUGUAUUCUCAAUUUUAAAAAAUACUGUGCGGAAGAAAAGAUGGAGCAAAAAAGAAAACAAAUAAUAGAAAGAGUACAAGCUGAUUUUCCAAAAUCUCUUAAUUUCACUGUGAACCUUUCAUGCGUGUUUUUGGUGCUUGAUAUUCAUAUUCAUCUUGAACCAUGUGUGAUGACCUUCAACCCAUACUGGCUCUUAGUUCUUGUCAUCAAAACUCUCUUAGGUUGGACAUCCAAAGUCAUACAUAACUUCUGCAUUGCUCAUUCACAUCAUUACCGGCAUGAAGACCUUUAAUGCAGUCUUCUAGGAACUCCAUCUGCCCUCAAAGAACCGUGCAAUGCAAAAAACAGACAAAAAAGACACAUAAAGAAAGAAUAAAAGACGAGCAGCCUGUGUGUCUUGGGACAUCUGAAGUUGUAUGACACUUCUGGAUCUUUACUUGCUUGGAGGCCUAUAUUGCAGUUAACGCCUUCUUCAUCUUAACUCCAUCUCUUUUCACAGAACCAUGCAAUUUCGAAAAAGAAAGAGAAAAGAAAUACAUCAAGAAAAGCAGUCUGUGUGUGUUAGGUGGGACACCCAAUGUCAUACGAAACAUCUGCAUCAUUACCGGCAUGCAUGCCUAUAUUGGAUUGCUAACUGACGUGAGUCAAAACGCACGUCCAGCAAGAAGAGCAGCCAACCUAAGUGUGUCUUAGGUUAGACACACCAUAUCAAACAACAGUCCUAUACAUCUUUACUGGGAUUAUAUCAUUGUAAACAUCUUCUGGAAACUUCAUCUACCCUCAAAGAAGUGCAAUGCAAACAUAACAUAAAAAAAUUGAAAAAGGAAUACAAGACGAAGAAGUGCCAAUGUGUCUUAGGUUAGACACCCCAUUGCGACACCCCACACACUCCUUCAAAUCAUUACAGGUAUGAAGCACUCUUUGAAAAUUGCAGUAAACAUCUAGAAACUCUGUAUUUUAAUAAAAAAGGUGAAUAAAAGAAGUGCAUCUUAUUGAUGUGAGUCAAGACUCUUCUUACCCCAACAAACACGUCUACUUCGGAGACUUCUACUCCAUGUAUAUCCUGGUUGUGGCACUCUUGGACUCCCAUGAGGACUUGUAUAUCAACAAAACAAAGGUCUCCAGAACUGGAUGUGACUAAAAACGUCUACUUUCUGAUGUUCUGCCAAGCAUCUGCAUGCUACAUGUGUAGUGUCUUACUUCUCAAAGAAAGACAGCUUAGGCAGCCAUGGUCUUCGAACGUGUGCUUUAUUCAAACACAGUUUUUGCUUACAGCUGUUCUGUCGCAUAUACACCUAUGCACUCCUGUAUUUCAAUGCUUGCAUUAGAGUGCUAAACAGAAAACAUGGAACUGGAGUAAUAUGAAACUGGAGCCUAAAAUGUGGUCCUUUAAACCUUCUCCUGUCCUGUACCGUCAGCGUUUUCAUUUUUACUCUGAUCGCAGUUCUCCUUUAACUGUUUUUACUUGUAAAACAUAGUUCUAUUCUUAUGUUAUUAUUUUGCUGUUUUUUGGGGAAUGUGUGUGUGUGUUUCUGUGUAAUGUGUGUGUUCCUGUUUGAACAUAAAACAGUGCUCAUAUACACCCUUGAGUUCAAUUGAUUUGUUUGUCUCAUUCAUUGCCCUCUGAGGAGGCGGGAAAUUAUUUUCCAAAUUGUACUAAAUCAUACUCUACAACUAAUUAUUGAUUAAACUUAAUGUAUUCUCAAUUAAACAUACUUUGCAGCAGAAAAAGGAACAAAUUAAGAAAGACAAAGUUCAAGCUAAAUUUCCAAUUCCACUGUGAAACUUUUAUGUGUGUUUGUGGUGCUUGAUAUUCAAAUUCAAUACAAAACAAAAUGUGGCGAUAGCGAAAAGUGCUCUUCGCCAUCGCCAUGUUUUAUUUUGUGCCACCAUACUUACUUCUGUAACUACUCAUGUAACAGUCUUUAAAUAGGAAAAAGUGUUUGGUGGCUUCUAAAUUCAUCCCUGUUUGGAUCCUAAGGAAUGAAUGGGGCUAGGCUAAAUGCUAACACAUUCACGACGCGCUGUACAAAGAUUAAGUGCACGCAUUGAAAAAAGAUAGGUAUGUAUUAAUUUGUCUAAGUUGAGGUAAGAACAUAGUAAAAUAUUGAAAAACGGUGGUGUUUUCCUUUAAAGGACUGCAACAUGAGUAUGGCAUCUGUAUAAAUCAUUAAAUAAAAAUAAUACUGUUUAA